AUGAAGUUCUUCGAAAACAAGUUCACCUACGACUAUUCCUUUCCUGCCGUGUCCCUCGCGUACUUCCUCCGCUAUCCGAAUCCUUACUCGCGCCAUGUGCUCACAACCGAUGUCAUUGAUCGAUACGUCGACCCGAAGACCGAACGUUUGCACACCAUCCGACUUCACCUGAAGAAGUCAAAGGUGCCAUCCGGUAUCCUCAAGCUAUUGCCCAAGGGCAUGGGAGGCUCCGAUAACUCCGGUCAAAGUUACAUCCUUGAAAAGACCAUUGUCGAUGCCAAAGAGGGCUGGAUGGAGACUGAGUCUCGCAACAUGGAAUGGACCGGUAUUCUCAGCGUGGUAGAGAAACAACACUACCAGCGCCACCCAUCAGAAGUCGCUCUUGAUGGUCUUGCCGUUGACCAGACAGCCGAGCAGACUACCGUGAAGACCACGGUUACCUUCCGGUCCCGGCUUGGCCAAGGCAAGCUUCUCGGGCGCAAGAGGCAAGAGACCGGAGAUCAAGAAGAGGAAGAGCCCCGUAAAGGAUUCUUCUCUUCCCUCUCCACGGCCGGAAUUCAGCGGACCAUUGAGCUGAUUGGUGUCAGUCGCACCAAAGAGGCUGUUUUGAAGAGCAAGCAGGGCAUGAACAUUGUGCUCGAGCGCAUGCGAAGCGGCGGAAUCGUUGGUGUUCUGGAAGGAAUGCGACAGGACCGUGAGGCUGCUUUCGGGCCCGAGGGACCAUGGAAGCGUGUGUGGCUGCAGGGCAAGGACCGAUCUAUCGACGACGAUAAGGCUUGA